AUGUUUAGUAUUUUCUAUUUCAACGAUUUAGAAAAUUUUCUAAGUUCUCCUUUAUCAUCUCAUGUUUAACUUCAUAUUGAUUUAAUGAGGUAAAAUAUUGGAGCACCAAACAUAACAACUUUGGGAUCUGCUUUAGUAAGUUGUAGCAAUCUUAAGAUCUUAGAUCUCUCACUUUCAAUAAAUAAUUUGGGAGCUUAGGGUGCACAAGCUUUAGGAUAAUCUCUAAAAGAUUGCUCUAAUAUCUAAGAUUUAACUAUUUCUUUAGAGUAUAAUAAUAUAGGAGCAAAGGGUUCUUUUGAACUUUGUAAUGCCUUAUCUAACUGUCUUAAACUAUCUAAUUUAGUACUAAAGCUUGAUGUAAACCAAAUAGGAGCAAAAGGUGUCAUUAAUUUAUGCUAAGCUUUAACUAAAUGUGCUAACCUAUCUACUUUAACUCUUUUAUUAAGGUUUAAUCAGCUAAAAGGAGAGGGAGCUUCAGGUUUAGGUUCUAUUUUACCUAAAUUUACUUCUCUCUCUAGUUUGAAGCUUGGGCUUGAAGUAAACGAAAUAAAUGCAAAAGGGGCUUAAAGUUUAAGCCUAGGUUUAGCAAGCUGCUAAAAUUUGAGACAACUAACUUUAAAUCUAAUAGAAAAUAAAAUUGGUUCAAAGGGUGCUUUAGAUUUAUGUUCUGCAUUAGAAAAAAUCUAGAAUUUGUCUACAUUAAAUUUAGAUCUUUCACAUAAUUAAAUUGGAGAUUAAGGUUCAACAAAUAUAGGUUUAGGUUUAUAAAAUUGUAUAAAACUUUAUAACUUAACUCUUAGUCUCAAUGGUAAUUAAAUUAGAAAAUAAGGCUCAUUAAGUUUAAUAGAUUCCUUAAAUAAUUCCAAAAGUCUUUAUAUUUUAAAGCUUAUUUUAAGGUAAAAAAUUAAUUAUUUAUUAAUAAAAAAUAAAAAGAAAAAAAAAUAAUUUUAAUUUUAUGUAUUUUAGUUUAAAAAUCUCAAACAAAGCAAAAGAAUUUGCUAAAUUACUUUUCAUGAAUAUUUAAUAUUAUUAUAAAAAAAAUAUUCUUACAUAUUUAACAUUAGAUAAAACCAAUUAGAUUAGGAAGAUGAACUAUUACUUAAGAACAGAAUUUACAAAUUGAGAAAGUUAAUAGUUUAAUCUAUAGCUUUUUGA